AUGAAGCUCGCUUUCUUCCUCACUCUCUUCAGCUUCGGCGUUUCUGUUCUGGCAGCAUCUGCCGCCGACUGGCGUUCAAAGUCCAUCUACCAAGUACUGACCGAUCGUUUCGCACGUCCCGAUGGAAGCACCACAGCGCCCUGUAACCCAGUCGGUAAAUACUGUGGUGGCACUUAUCAAGGGAUCAUCAAGCAAUUGGACUAUAUCUCAAACAUGGGAUUCACUGCCAUCUGGAUUUCCCCUAUCACAUAUCAGAUCCAGACCUGGACCCCCUAUGGCGAACCAUGGCAUGGCUACUGGCAACAAGAUCUGUAUCAGCUCAACAGUGCUUUUGGCACCGCAGAUGAUCUCAGGGCUUUGGCCACAGCUCUACACAACAGAGGGAUGUAUCUCAUGGUUGACGUUGUAGUCAAUCACAACGGCUGGAACGGCAACGCGAGUUCAGUCAACUACACCAUGUUCAAGCCUUUCGACAACGUUGAGUAUUAUCACAGCUUCUGUAAUGUCGAUUACAGCAACAAUACCAGCAUUCAAGACUGCUGGUUGGGUGACUCGAACGUAGAGCUUGUCGACCUUCGGACAGAAGAUACUGUAGUCGCGUCAGAAUACCAGACAUGGAUUCAGCAGCUGGUCGCCAAUUACUCCAUUGAUGGCCUUCGUAUCGAUACAGUCAAGCAUGUUGACACGGCAUUUUGGCCCGGAUUUGGAGAGGCCGCUGGCGUUUUCAUGACCGGCGAAGUGACUAACGGCGAUCCGUAUGGUCUUUGCCCUUACCAGAACUAUAUGGACAGUGUUCUCAACUACGCAAUGUACUAUGCAGCCACAGAUGCAUUCUCCUCAACUGCUGGAAGCAUGUCCAAAUUUGUCAGUCAGCUCAACGGCAUGAAGAGCCAAUGUAAAGACACCAGCGUACUUGGAUCGUUCUCGGAAAAUCACGACCAACCUCGCUUUGCAUCAUUGACCAGCGACAUGUCCCUGGCUAAAAACAUCAUUACCUACACGAUCAUGGGCGACGGAAUUCCCAUCUUGUACGAAGGCCAGGAGCAGCAUUACAGCGGCGCCCAGGAUCCCUACAAUCGCGAGGCUGUCUGGCUGAGUCAAUACAACACUGGUGCCCCUCUCUACACCCACACGGCGAGUGUAAAUCAGAUUCGCAACCAUGCGCUCUACGUUGAUGGGGACUGGCUCACCUAUCAGAAUCGUGUCAUUUAUAGCGACAGCGCCAACGUCGCUAUGCGCAAGGGAGACAAUGGAUACCAAAGCAUCACGAUUCUAACCAACAAUGGUGCUAGCAGUGCUAACUACACCCUCAACAUCACCAAGACUGGAUAUGACAGUGGCACCACGGUUGUGGACGUCCUGUCCUGCGAAGCGAUGGAGGCAGGGCCGAACGGAAAUCUUACAGUGUCAAUGUCGCAAGGUCUUCCCAGAAUCUACUAUCCAGUCGAACUUUUGGAUUGUAGUGGCAUUUGUGGAUACUAA